AGCGAGCGCUCGCUGCCAUUGUUGAGAAGCUCUCAACAACAGCUUAAGUCCGCCCGCCGUGUCGAGCCUUAGAGCAAGGCACAGAGCAAGGCAUCUCGUUCAUUCAUGCCUGAACCAUCGCAGGAGGGGGAAAAAAAUGAAGUCGCCAAGAUUCCAUGUUCGUUUAGCGUAGGCCUACACCACCGACCACGGAACCUGCACGAAAUCAACAGUGCUACUGAAUGUUUCAGUUGUUGGGAAUUCCGAAAAGUCUUCGCAAUCAACAAAUUUUCACCACAGAAAAUCCCCAGGGAUAUUCCAUAUCCCGGGGAUUUACACCCAGCGUGUGGCUUCGAGGAAAAGAGCACUCAAUCAUUUGGCAUCCAUUGCCUGUUUCAUUCUGACACCUUUGGCUGUUGCUUGAUUUGGAGUUGGGAAAUGCUUUAGCAGGCGUCGUCUCCACUGCAGCAAUCCUACUACCACGACAAGGAACACUCGAUUGUCGAUGAGCAUUCGAUGAGACUAGAACGACAACUUGCUCCGAUCUUGCUCUGCGGCUGAACAUGCAGCGUUCUUCUCUUAGUGCUAUAACGGGCGUGAGUAUCAGGGUUCGUCUUUCGGCCAUAGCGUCUUGAACAAAGACUAAGCGGUCCACUUCUUGAGGUCAUUCCGCAAUAUCACCGAACAAUGGCGCUAUCAAUGACUUUAUUGAUCGGCAAUCCUGUUGAAAAGGAGUGGACUAAACUGACAGCGCAGUACAUCUAGAACCAUGGUAGGACACAUCCAUCCAGCACCGCGUCUUUACGUGUGGCGGGGUGUACAUAGUUGGGAUUACUCGUUGGCUGCAGGAGGAAUGGAAACAUAACUUGGCCAAAUCAACAGUGUGUACCCAGCGAAGCCAAAUGAAACUAUUGAGCGGGAAAACACGUCUCAGCUUAGCUGCGUGCGCUGUUCUUGUGGUCAUCAUUUUCAGCACAAAGCAAGUACAGCGGCUUCACCCUUGGAAUCCCAGGACAAUUGCAACAUCCGAGCCAUUGGUUACAGAUCGCAAAAAUCCCCGACUUGACAGCAUGGAGACUCCCCGUCUGCCCGUCAUAUCAUCUGUCAGUGAUGGUUUCACAGGCCCAACAGCCGCCCAUCAACCAGCCAAUGGUAACCCACGUGUCAACCCACAUCAGGACCUAUUGGAUAGCGGGAGCUCGCGUAGUAAGUCUCCUGCGCAUGCGCCGGCCUCGGGGAGCAGCAGCCAUUCUACACCUCAGAGAAGAGUCGUCCUGACAACAACCAACUCCGGAUUCCUGGAUUUCACCGAGAAUGUCCUGAGGAGCAUUGUUCAAACGGGUGCUCCCGCAAACAUGACGAUAGUUGCCGAAGACGAGGAGGCGUUUCGUGUGCUUUCAGAGACCGGUGACAAAAUGUACCAAGGACUGCACGUUAUCAAACCAGAGUCGGGCGAGCUACCUUCCAAAGGAGCGGCCAUCGACUUCGGGACAAACGAGUACGUGAACUUCAUCAAUCGUAGAGCAAAGUAUGUGUUGGGAUUCAUACAGCAAGGGUUUGAUUUGUUCUUCGUGGAUGUGGACACUUACUGGUUCCGAGACCCGUUUCCUUACUUUGAAGGUGAUUUUGACGUUGCCUUGAUUCGGGAUUCCCCCAAAUGGGGUCCUUACAAUGGUGGUUGCAUGUACUACAGGCCUACAGAACGGACAGUGCAGUUGCUCAAGACAUGGAUUCGGGCCAUGGAAACGCAGACUAAACACGAGCAAGACCAAGCCAUUCUGAAUCAAAUCAUUAGAAAAAAGAAAGUCCCGAGGCUGAGGAUACGACAUCUACUGGACAAGAACUUCCCAGGUGGUAGACUAUACGCCACGCGUAACAACACGUGUUUCGACAUGAGCGAGGCUGUCGUGUUCCACGCAACCUGGAUCCCGGGGCACGACAAGAAGAUGGAGAUGAUGAAGAAAUGUGGCAUGUGGCUUGAUAAAUAGUAAUACAAAACAAUCCUGAGAUGGAGCUAGGUGAAAGAGCAUGACGACAUUGUACAGCCAGCUAAUGUGGGCAUGCGUACUGUGUAGAUACUAGAACUGUGCCAACUUGACAUGGCUGCGCCUGGGUGUAAUGUGCGCAGCUACGUAAACCACUGACCAGCAACGGAUGAAGCCACUUCCCACAGCUCGUGUUUUACUACUUACUUUAGCCAUAGCCCUAAUAAAUCGAACUGUGUGUUUGAACCCGAGUAGGCCUAGUUCAAAUAUCAAUGGCUUCCUUAAUGACCAAAGUCAACAGGGUGACACACUAAAUUAGUCGCUAGAAAUGAUUGUAAGUAUCAGCUUGGGUUUAAACAAAAAGAGAUGUCUUACUUGUAGGUACGGAUUGAAAUCACGGCAGGAAUCGUCAUUGUUACUUUCAUACCAGCCAAACUCAGUGGAAUGUUUUGCUCCUUCAAAUGCAUUUUAUAAGUCACACAUAUACAUAUAAUACAUAAUAAGCUGACGUCAGGGGUGACGAAUACUGAUGGUUCUUGCAAAGAACAUUGGAAUUUGACAGAAAAAUAACACUCGCGUCUGGGAGCACGGACGGAAUCUGAUUGGAGCCCAGAUCGAUGGUUAAAAGGUCGAAAUACUGAUACUAUUUAACGCAUUACUUCAAACUUCCCAAAAGGAAUCCUGUAAUAUUCCCAAAGCAAUUGUCAGGGUGAAAAAAGUACAUGUGUGUGUACUUUCUUCUCGUAUACGGUACCAACAGCGAUUACUGUUUCCAAUCAGAUUCCGUCCGUGCUCCCAGACGCGAGUGUUAUUUUUCUGUCAAAUUCCAAUGUUCUUUGCAAGAACCAUCAGUAUUCGUCACCCCUGACGUCAGCUUAUUAUUUCCACUCACGUGAGCUCUCCAAAGGCGCCUGUUUUGCAUUUGUGAUAUCGUAAAUCAAUGCCGCCGUCCCGAAAGCUUUUAUGUUCACACAGUUUCCGUAUCAUAGAGCUGAUUUAUCAAACAGCUGAUCCCUAAGGUUUGAAAGAAACUUUGCUCGUUCGUUUCUCAUAAGGAUUGUAUUGCUUUGAAUGGAAAGAAAAACGGCGGUGAGGACCUCGUAUUUGUGUUGUUCAUGUACAAUCCCUCGAGUAAUAAACCUCUUCGACAUUCUCGUUCUAUCAGGGGAUUGGGUGGGUAAUAUAAAACACAACAUUACUGGUUGGCACUUCAGGGAAACUGUUAACGACAGGGUUUGUGUUGAAUUAACCACACAGUUUGCUUAAGGCACGACUUAACCCGUUUAUGUACUCAAAUCACAAACUGCCUGUAAAAAAAAAGCAAAUCGUAGCAUUUUAUUGAAUAUUUUCUCAACUUCUGACAAUCGUAUUUACAAAACUUCUUUACAUUUCCAUACCCAAUCCUUUACGUUUAUCGUAACAAUUCAUAUAUUAUACAUUUAAUUUGACUUUAUCUGGUCUCGUAUCGUCUUGAUAUUGGCCUCAAAUGUAGAGUUGCAACAUCCACCAUCAAUAUGCAGAAAAUAAAACGAAAUGCAUUAUGAA